AUGCCCUACCAAUCCUAUAAAGCGGACACCGCCUGCUCCCUCUCGUUAGCUGUCUACCACAAACUGCCUGUAUUCCCCCAGCACUCAGAACGAAAAGCUGCGAAAAUGGACCGACAAAAGACACGAAAGCCUCUGACGUACGGGCCAGACACGGCCGUGCCGCGGGGGUUGAGCCUUGAGAACCUCUAUUCCAUAUGUCCUUACCGAAUCGAAUUACACGACAGCCUGCCUGCAGCGACAUAUACCGGACCGCUACUCUCGCUCCCCUCCGAGUUGCUCUUUGCGAUACUGGAACAGCUGCCAAUCAUAUCAUUGUUGAAAUGCCGAAGCACAAGCCAAUACGCACGAUACGUCGUCGACUCGAUGUCCAGCUUCCGUGGGGUGGUGUGUCAUGCCCGUCUUGCCCUCUACAAGUUCUUAGUCUUGAAACCAUCGAAAGUCAUCACGAUUUCAGACCUGUUCUCUAAACUACGCCAAAAGGGAUGCGAUUCUUGUGGUGCAACAACUGCGUACCUUUGGAUACCUACUGCAUCUCGCAUUUGUCUGGUUUGCUUGCGAUCAAGAGCGUCACCUUGCCCCCAGGAAGAGCUCAGUUGUUAUUUUAGGUUGAGCGAGGCGGAAAUAUCUGCUCUUCCUGACUAUACAGUCCCAAAAACAAUCUACUGCUAUCACCGUGCUGGCCGGCAGUCGCAUCACUUAGGCCAUCAAAGCAUUCGAUUAUUUGACACUGAACGUGUUGCGGAUCUUGUUCUUCAACGCUGCGGAUACUCCAUCUCGAAAGCAUCAAUGCUCGCACCCAUUACCUAUGACAAUUUGGAAUAUUCCGCAGCCAUUGAUGGGGGGAAUCCGCGAAUUGGGACCAUGAUACUUGGAGAUGACCGAUGGAUGAUGGCUGUUGCAGUCAUGCCGACGAUGAUUGAGGGAAAAGUCGAAACUGGAAGAUAUUGCGCUACCUGUUUGUACACUGAGUGUCAGGAUCGAAUGUAUACCCGAGAGGAGUUCAAGGAACAUCUUAAGACCUGCCGAGCCCGCCCCCGCAACAACGAUUGUCGGGACCACAGGGAAUCCAUGCUUAGAAGGAUACGCCACACCUUGAGCGUUGGUGAGGAUGAUGCAAAAUAAGCUUCCGCCCUGUAGACUGAGUUGUACGAGAAGGUAAACACUAAGAAUGUUCCUACAAAAAUUACUGGGAAAAGCAAUAUGAUUUUUCAUUGUCAUAUUCAAAAUAGCGCUGGUAUC